AUCUCUGCAUCUGGUAAUAGUAGUUUCGUCUGCUAUAUAAAGGGGACAACUGCAGGAGUGUGAGGGCAAGCUAGCCAAGGAGCAACGUCUACGUAGCAAGCAGCCUAAGCAAGCUAGCUCCUACCAGCUUGGUUCGCCAUGAACUUCGGCGGAAGGGCCCCGGCGACGAUCCGCUGCAAGUACUGCAGCGCGUGCCUCACCGUGGUCCACGGAGAGAGCGCCAUCCAGUGCGCGCAAUGCUGCGGCGUGACGCGCCUCCGGCGGUCCUUCCUGCGGCGUGACGCGCAUCCGGGGCUCCAUUCCGCGGCACCGCCGGCGGGCUUAUUCCCGUGCUCCCGCGGCAAGAAGCGUGCCGUCCUGAUCGGCAUCACGUACGCCGGCAUGCGCCGCGGCUGCGGCGAGCUGCGGGGCCCCGUCAACGACGUCAAGUGCAUGAGGCACCUCCUCUGCCAGCGCUUCGGCUUCCCCAGCGAGUGCGUCAUCAUGCUCACCGAUGACCAGAGGGACCCGUUCCGGCUGCCGACCAAGGACAACAUCCGGAUGGCGAUGCGCUGGCUGGUGCAGGGGUGCAGCUUUGGCGACUCCCUGGUGUUCCACUUCUCCGGCCUCGGCGCGCAGGUGGCCGACGACGACUGCGACGAGGUGGACGGCUACGACGAGGCCAUCUGCCCGAUGGACUCGUUCCAGAGGGGCCCCAUCCUGGACGACGAGAUCAACGAGACCAUCGUGCGGCCGCUGGUGCACGGCGCCAGGCUCCACGCCGUGGUCGACGCCUGCCACAGCGCCGGCGUCCUCGACCUCCCCUUCUUCUGCCGCACGUCCAGGAGCGGCAACUGGCAGUGGGAGGACCACCGCCCGCCGUCGGGCGCCUGCAAGGGCACCAGCGGCGGCCAGGCCGUGCUCUUCAGCGGCUACAGCGACGGCAAGAGCAAGUUCAGCGUGACGCCGGAGGCCUUCGCCUCGGUGGGGGCCAUGACGCACAGCUUUGUCAAGGCGGUGGAAUGUGAGCCGCGCGGGGUCACCUACGGCCGCCUGCUGAGCUCCAUGAAGGCCAUCAUGACCAACGGCGACGGGAGCUGCAACCUGCAGGUCCCUAUCGGUGCUCCCGUCAGCAAGGUCGCCAACUUCAGCGGCGUGCAGGAGCCUAACCUGUCCUCUUCAGAGAUGUUCGACAUCUACCGCAAGCCCUUUGUCCUGUGAUGAGUCCCCAUGGCAGACUUGCACCUACAGAUUAUAUCACUGCCAUCUGGACUCUGGACUACCGAAUCGACGUAUCUAAAUAAUCGACCGACGCGUCUAAGCAUGAUGCUUGCUAAUGUGUGUGAUGUGUGAUGUGUCACCGGCCCUGAGGCUCAUAGUUUGUGGAGGACCUGGUUGGUUUGGUUAUCUUCAUCCAUUCCUCCCGAGCCUACUGUACCUCUUGCCCGCUGUAAUAAGGCUGUUUGUUUCUCUAAACUCUGAAAUAAACUAGGUGUUAUGAUA